UGGUGAUGGAAAUUCAUGGCCGAAAUUCUUUGAGUUUUGAUGAAAAUGAUCAUCUCGAAUAUUCAAGUCACCGCAAUUAACCAGAAUAACACGUUCUUAAGGAAGAGUAUUCUAAAGAGACAAGGCUGUCUUCAUAAUGGCAUAGUUAGAGUAAGACUGCAGGAAAGUUUCACCAGUGAAAGUUAAUUGGUAUGUUUCGGUCGGACAAGAGUUAUGGGCGAGAUGGCCUCCCGAGAUUAUCGUCACAGGACAAAAAUUCUGCUGUUCCAGGCCAUGACAACAUUCUGUUGCAGAGGGCAAAGGCCCCGAAUCCUUUGUAUAAAAGAGAAGAGAGACGACGGGAGGAUGAUGCAAUCUUGGCCAAACUUGACAGCAAGAAAUACCUGUCCCAUGAGCUGAAACAUCACUAUGGGCUUCCAGGCCAAGACAAAGCUGUCAUCAUGUACGAUAAAUCAAAUGCAGUGUCACCUGGUCCUGAUCACAAGCCCAAACUCAUCCAGGACAUCAUGAGGGACAGAGUUAAAGAAAGAUACCAAAAGCAGGAGGAGAGGCUAGAAAACAUGAGAUACUUGAACGAAGAACGUGUUCGAUUGCAAGCUGCCAGAGAUGCCAUCCAUCAGAAAAGACGGGAGUAUGAUAAGAAGCCGCCCUCACCUGCUUUGUCUGAUACGCAGAGCCUUCCCGACUGGUACUUCACAGCGAAACUUGUUGACGACAUCCGGCCUGAUUCUCAGAUGACCGUUCGUUCUGUGGAUGAUGUCAUCAAAGAAACGAAGAAGAAAUAUCCACGAGAUUUGCAAAAAAUCAAUUAUCUGCGACAGAAUUACCAGCGUGAGCAAGACAGGCUUGAAAAGCUACGUGAACCGUAUGAUGGGCGGUAUGGGCCAUCAUCUUAUGAACCAUGGCAGAUGAAUGAUUAUUACAUGUGCCGGAAAAUUGUUGAGAGUGAAAUCGAGAGAUUCCUGGACACUUAUUUCAAGCCUUCGACGAACGCAUACACCAAGGAGAUUGCCCAGUCACUCUUAGAAGCCGACAAGCGAAAAGCUGAUAAACAAUGGCUGUCUUUGAUGAGGGAUCGGGCCACCCAGCUGAUAGCAGAGGAGUUCCUUCUGGAGGCAACUAGCGAACUGAGCUACGAGGCAAGCAAAGAGUACCUCUACAUCGAUCAGAUGGUCGGGAACCAAGCGGACAAAAUCGUCAUGCUACAUUCCGAGAUAAUCGCCACGCAAAAUCCGGAAGGCCGUGACUCGGAAGACCCGCUUUACCCAACGGUUACGAAGGCAUAUUUCCGUACCCAGGAGGACAGGCGGAAACAUAAGCGGAAUAUCUGGUCGCAUUCACAGCACGUUCACACACGACCUGUGGAAGGAGAGGAAGCUGAUGAGAGAGAGCAAGAGGAUGACGAUCUCCACAUGGUUGACUUUGAUGACAUCAGUCCGAUGGAGCUCCGUACCACAGAACCCCAUCCACUGGACUCCCAAGCCGACAUUGACUUCAAAGAGCACUUACGGAGGUAUAGGACACAUGAGGUCGAAUACUGGCAGAAUAUUCAGUGUUCCAUCAAUACGAUCCCUCUCUCCAAGAAAAUGCUUGGCGUUAGAACGGCAAAGAUGUCUCACAACCACCGAUAUUUUGCACUUGGCUCGUAUCACGGUGACAUUGUGAUAUAUGACAUUUGGCAGUUUCCAUGGCGACCAGUGAGAGCCCUCUAUAAUGUGAACAAAAGAGUGGAUGAUCCUGUAAUCGACAUUGGUUGGAGUUUGGAUGGGUCGCAAGUCAUCACUAUCAACUCCCUGGGCACAUUGAAUCUAUGGUCUUUCAAUGCCGGUUCCAUCUCCAAUGCUGACCUAAAGAACCUGGACCUGGUCAAGUCAGAUGAGUUUGGUAACUUUACGCCACAGCUGACGAGGCAGAUAUCGCUAGACGUCGAUGAUGGGGACUUCUCCUUCAAAACAGGUCCGUAUGCGACUCUGAAAGUUCACCAAGCAAACUAUGGGCCGACCUAUGCCGCAUUCCACCCAUGUAUGACAGUAUUUGGUUCGCAGCGGUGCUUGUGCAUUUCAUUAGAGAACGGGGAUGUCAUAAAAUGUGAACUUGAGGCCCGCCUCCAUUCGAACACGCCGUAUUUUGUCGAGUCGCCCAGGAUUACCUAUCCAAAUAUUCGUGACAACUAUCCAAGUUUCCUCGGCUCAAACAUCGAAGCUGAGUUGUUCCGCCACCACAAGCAUCCGAUCAUCCACAUCGGGUUCAUCAAGAAGGUGAAGCAUAUGUAUACAGUUGAUAACAAGGGAUACAUCAACAUCUGGAGAUACAGCAGCAAAGAGGUUACGGAAUACGAGUGGUUCCGUCCGUACAAGAAGUUCAAGAUUGAGAUGAACAAGCAGAUGUACACGCCGCAGACAGGCUCUAAACCAAAUAUUGUGUUCACAGAUAAAUCUAGAAACACGAAUCUCACCAAAGAGCAGGUUUCACAGUUCAGGCAGGAAGCUCAAGAAAUCUUUGACAAGACAAAUCUACAGAAUCCCUGGCACCAGGAGUAUAUUGCUGAACAAGAUCUUUUGACGCAGGUCUACAAACCGUUCGAACAGAUCACGGAAUCCGGUGCGAUGUUUCACAUCUUGAUCAAACAUUACACGACCGGGGUCCUCUCGACGUACAUCACUCGCCUCUACACGCCCGUCAAGGUGAAGUACACUCGCUUCUACGGCGUCAUGGCGAAUGCCACGGAAGAUGGGCUGGUGGUCCUGCUACUGUUUCCUGCACAUCCACCGAAGCGUGCACAUCUUUCUGUCCUGAAGUUUGAUUUGAUGAAUUUCAAGAUGGCUGACUACAGGAAGGAUAUCUUCAUCCCAGAGCAAGAAUACCAGGACUGCCUCCGUAAAGAGAUUGUCCAUUGGAAUAUCACCAAGACAUAUGGUCCAACAGGAGCAGAGUAUCUCUUCUUGAAUAAGAAUGGCGAUCUGACGGCUUAUUCGCUGAAUACAGGACUGAAAAUUCUCAAGAUGGUCAGCCCGAAGAAUUCUAAAGAUGAUGCGUUCAUGGGAUGUCGAAUCAACAGCAGUGCCAUAACCCUCCCAGCCGAUCAGAAGAUGAUCAUAUCUAGCACGCAGGGGACCAUACAGAUCAUGUUCUAUGGAAAGAAUCAACAUUUCAUCAAGGUGCUUCAGCUUAAGGAUAAGAAUGACGAUGAGACGAGGAGAACUAUGUGGAAGACAUAUACAAACUGGGAGGGACACCAUGUCGUGCCAACAGAACUACGGGUCAACCCGAUGGAGUCCUACCUCGAUGACGUGGUCCAUCCAAACGUGUACAUGCGUAACAUCAUCCUGCAGUGUAUGGAUGCUGCCAUCGAUAAAGCCGACAGACUGGACCGACUCACUGCGGAUGAGUUGGCAGAAUCGAAAGCGUCAGACAGAGUCAAUAAUUAUCUUGCCCUCAAGAAGGAGGUGACGGGAAGAGCCACUCCAGCAGUGUCUGUAGCUGGCAGCAGUCAUGACUCGCGUAGAUCGACUCCUAAGGGGCAGGAUCCGAGACGCCAGAGUGUCGGUGGGAGACGGCGCCCAAGCCAGAGGGCAGGAGAUCCGUACCAGUCUGGGCCGUGGAGAGAGGGGAGGGAUGCACCGACGCAGAGAGGUGGUGAGCGCCGGGGGACGAUAGCGGAGGAGGAGGGAGAGGAUGGAAGGAGGGGGAGUGGGGGCCAGGGGAGUGGUGCAAAUGGGGGUGGGGGUGAUGGAGAGAGAGGGAGUAAUGCAGGUAGUGGACAAAGGGGAAGUGUUGCAGGAAGAUAA